CGCAGUGGGCCAAGUUAAACGCGGGACCGGGGAAAGAGUUUGAAGUGAAGCUAUCAUUUGUAAAAACGUCCCCACCGCCCCAGAGUCAAGAUGGGGAUUUUGCAACACAAACCUUGAAGUUUUGGGAGGCACGCAUGACAUCAUGUUGCAGGCUGUAGUGUAAUACAAUUUAGCAAGGGAAGCCGCAUAGCAAAUCCAUCUUCUUAUCCUGUUUACAGCACCAUCACAAGUUCUAAAACACGAUCAUGGGAAAUGCCUCUCAUGGAGAUGCGCAUUACAAAUGCU